AUGAAUGCACAAAGAAAUAAUGUUGAAGGAACAUCUGGACCUACUAGUAAAGGUCUAGAUCAAUUUCCUGAAUCUCCAAACUCAACAUUCUUUGUUCCAGAAGAUACAGCUGGUCCAGAUUUGGUUUUUAUAGUUCAAUUUAAAGGUCCUGGUGAAAACUAUAUAGAUUAUUCAGUAAAAAAGUUGCAAAGACUUAAAAAAAGAAAAGGAUUAAGGAAAUAA